AUGCGCGUCCCGCUCACAUACGUUGCUCUCUCCGGUGUAUUCACCGGUGCCUUUGCGGUAUUCGGUGCCACCAACACGAAAGGACAGACAAAACUGUUUGGGAAUUCUUUCGGCAUUUUAGCAAAGAAUGCUUCAUACGACUAUGUCAUUGUUGGAGGAGGUACUGCAGGCCUGACCGUUGCUGCACGUCUGGCCGCUCAGCCUGAUGUCACCGUUGCAGUGAUUGAAGCCGGAAGCUUCUAUGAAAUCGACAAUGGGAAUACCAGCCAGGUACCUGGGUAUGGAGCCACUUACUUAUCGUUCAAUGACCUGACACCAAGCCCUGUGUUGGUGGAUUGGGGUUUGAUUACGGAACCGCAGGUGGGCCUCAACAACCGUAGGAUCCACUACACCGCUGGCAAAACUCUCGGAGGAAGGGCUACCAAGGGCUCCUAUCAGAUGUGGGCCGACCUCGUCGAUGACGACAGCUACACGUGGGAUAAUCUACUCCCGUACUUGAAGAAGAGUGUCGAGUUCACUAAGCCCAAGGAUGACUCCACCUACCCGUAUGACCCCUCCGCCUACAGCCCGGAGGGGGGCCCUCUCCAAAUAUCCUUCCCCAAUUACAGAGCCCUAAGCGAUCAAUUCAUGGAAACCGCAUUCUCCAAGUCAGGUCUCAAACCUAUCAAUGGCCUUAACAGCGGACAUCUGGAUGGCUUCGCACCGACAACUUUUGUGAUCGACCCUGCAGAUCAGACAAGAAGCUCCUCUGAGGCGUCAUUCCUGCAGCAGGCUUUGGACACCACCCCGUUGAGACUUUAUCUGCGUACAUUAGCGAAGAAGAUUCUCUUUGAUUCGAACAAGACUGCGACUGGAGUACUCGUGGAGACCAACGGCGCCGAGUACACUAUCUCGGCGAAGAAGGAGGUUAUUUUGUCUGCUGGGGUGUUUCAUUCACCCCACCUUCUCCUGCUGUCGGGUAUCGGACCCGCCGAGGACCUCCAGCGGCUCGGGAUCCCCACAGUUUCCGACCUCCGGGGCGUUGGACAGAAUCUGUGGGAUCACCUCUUCGUCUUUACCAGUCAUGAGUUGAAUGUCACCACCAAUUCCGGCGUUCUCACCAACCCCGAUCUGCAUGCUGCAGCCGUCGAAUCUUAUCUCAACCACCAAACUGGUCCUCUUACGGGUAUCGGCGGGGGUGUUGUCGGCUGGGAAAAACUCCCCAACCGGGACACUUUUACCAACGCCACCCUUGCAACCCUUGCCAGCUUCCCAGAUGACUUCCCCGAAGUCGAAUAUCUCACCUUAUCCCCCGGAUCUAACCCGGCCGAUAAACCACUCGCAAAUAACUAUGCCUCCGUCACAACCGCCAUCCAGAGCACCAACUCCCGGGGCUACGUGAAGCUGCGCAGCGCCGACCCCCAUGACGCUCCCAUCAUCAACGUCAAUGCGUUAAGUCACCCCGCUGAUGCCGAGCUCGCUGUAGGUGCGAUAAAGAGAUUGAGACAGUUUGCUGAGGAAAGUGGGGUUCGCGUGAAGGAGGUUCAACCGGGUCAUGAUGUUGUGACCGAUGCUGAGAUCCUAGAGUGGGUGAGAAACCAUGCCGUGAAUGGGUAUCACGCCAGCUCAACCUGUGCAAUGGGCAACUCCUCAAAUCCAGAUGCCGUGGUUGAUACCCGCGCUAAGGUAUACGGUGUCUCGAACCUCCGAGUCGUGGAUGCCAGUGCUUUCCCGUAUCUUCCUGCCGGGCAUCCCAUGAGCUCCAUCUACGCGUUUGCCGAACUUAUAGCGGAGAACAUCUUGGGUAGAUGAGUUGGUGCCGUUUUCAAGUAAGGUACUGGGCUAUGAAUUGUCUGAAUUAUAUACAUUCCUUCCAUAGAUCUGUAAAUACAUGUGGGCGUAUUGUCCGUUCCUUCAGAAGCACACUCUGCCUUUAGAGGUACCCUGUUAUGAUUCCUAUGUAGCAUACAGCAUACCAAUU